UUGUUUGUAGGUACUGCUCGUCAAAUAAUUCUGUGUAGAAUGGGGGACUGGGCAGAAAAACAGAGGCUGAGAGAGGCUGUUAUUGAUGCAGUAAAACGUGAGGAUAUAAACAGUGUACGUAGUUUUCUUAAUGAUGGUGCUGAUAUUAAUGUAUGCGAGGGUGGGUACCUUGCAAAGAAGAAUUUAUUAAUGAUGGCCAUUGAUAGGCGGAAUAUAGAUAUAUCAUUAUUGUUGGUUGAAAGAGGAAUUGAUCUUAAUUUUUCACGAACAAUAGAGAAGGAAGAGAAAACUGCAUUUGAUUUAGCUAAAGAUAAAAAAUUAAAUGAGGUCACUGAUGCCAUAGAAAGAAAGAGCAGUGCUAAUGAGGAUUUAAUGAGAGCAAUAAGUAUUGGUGUAACAGAACUAGCUGUGCAUGCCCUAGAUGCUGGUGCUGAUAUUAACCUUAUAGUUAACGUAAGUCAAUUAUGA